CAACUAUGAAUAUUGGCCCUUAUAUUUGGCUGUAGGACCUUUCGAAGCAAUCAAUGGUAAUGUUACUUACAAGUAAAAGCAGGUGAAAAUUCAUAUACAGCACAGUUUAAUAUAAAAAUCAAGUUGUUGUAAUAGUCAUUUCAAAGGAAUGUCUAAAUCACUCGUGUAUAAAAGUUUGGAAAUAUUCGACGAUUUAUAUGAGGAUCCAGAUAAGAAGAAGAAAAAGAGAAAGAAACAGGACUCCUUGUACACGGGUACCUUUGAACUGAUUCCUCCUAGGCACAGAUUUACCACUGAAGAGGAGAAAGCAGCUGUAAUUCGUAUGCUGGGUAGAUCCAACAGACUUACUCCUCAAGAGGCUAAGAAACGUCUAGCUGCCCAAAAAGAUCGUACUGAAGAAAAUGUACAACGACUGCUCUCACUCAAAACUAAUCAGUUGAAUUCUAAUAUGUCAAACAAGCUAUUACAACGUGCUGUAAAGAAUCGUAUAAAGAAGCAAGAGAAACCCAAAGAAUCAGAGAAGACAGCUUUCACGGAAGAAGAUUUCAAGAAGUUUGAACAAGAACAUAUAGAGUGAUUAUACAUCGAAUUAUAAAGGUAGCAUAGCAAAUUAACGAAAUUAAAGUAUAAAGCAUCAAUGAUGUUUAGCACUGACUGCCAAAGAGGAAAAGCGAUAUUGAUAUUAACUUCUGUUCUGUUUUUCUAUUAUACCGUCUGGGUAAUUGGCUUGCCGUUCAUCGACGACGAUAGAU